AUGGUUUCUGCAGAUGCUAUGGCUGUCUCGGACGCAGCCAAGACCGAGCUUGAUGCUCAGAACACAGACCACCUCUUGUCUGUGACUGAGGAGGACGAUCGCGAUUUGUUGAAGCUUGGCUAUCGUGCUGUUUUGGCGCGUGGUUGGGGCACUUUUGAUAAUUUUGCUUGUUCGUUUUCGGCUUUGUAUUGUAUUGGUGGUAUUCGAGUUUUGUUUUACAUUGCUCUUAGCAAUGGAGGACCUGCUGCUUUGUGGAGCUCUUGGAUCUCGGGUAGUAUUCUGUCUAUCAUUACAGCUGCCUGUCUCGCCGAAGCGUGUUCUGCUUACCCUGCGGCUGGCUCUAUCUACUACUGGGCCUUCCGAUCCUGGGGCGGUGGUCGUCUUGGACGUUUCGUCUCAUACCUGAUCGCUGCGUGGACUCUCGUUGCAUGGACUGCUUUCCUGGCGAGUGACUCGUUCGGAGUGGCCAAUUAUCUUGUCUCGGAGGUCGUCAUCUUCAACCCAGAUACUACGUUCCCUUAUAGUACCUCCGAUGUGAAAGCUCGCGCGGUUGCUUGGGCCUUGUCGCUGGGCUUCCUGGCUUUGGCUACAGCUCUGAACUUCCUACCCCCGCGUAUGUACGCCUGGGUCUUCCGUACUGGAUUCGCUGUCAUUGUUGUCGAUAUGCUCCUCAACUUUAUUUGGCUGCCCAUCGGCGUGUCAAAGACCUAUGGUUUCCAGUCUGCGGAGUUUGUUUUCACUUCCGUGUAUAACGGGGAGGGGACUGCUCCUAGCUUGAAUUGGGUGCUGUCUUGGUUCCUGGUUUCUAGCUGUCUCGUCGGUGAAGAUGCGUCUGGCCAUGUCGCGGAGGAGACUAUCUCGGCGAAGAAGGCUGCUGCCAAGGGUGUUUUCUGGUCAACCGUUGCCUCUGCAGUUUGUGGUUUCCCGAUUAUCAUUCUGUUCCUGUUCUGCAUGCCGUCCAUCGAGACCUUCUACGAUACCACCGCGCCCCAGCCGUUCAUCAACAUGUAUGCGCUCGCGCUUGGUCCCCAUGCCCAUGUUGUCAUGACUAUCAUUUCCAUGAUUGGCGCUAUUUUGAACACUUCGAUCUCCCUGGUCGCUGUCUCCCGUCUCGUGUUCGCCGUUGCCCGUGAUGGCGUCUUCCCAUUCAGCGAUGUCCUCUCACGCGUCUCCAAGGACAAGCAGCCUCACAACGCGGUCAUUUUCAUUGCGUCUAUUGCUGCGCUCCUGCUUUGCACGCAGCUUCCGUCCCAAGUGGCUUUCGCCAGUCUGGUCUCGACGUCCGCCGCUGGAUCUAUUGCCGCCUACGGUCUCGUUGGAAUUGGCCGCGCCUUUAUUACCCGCACGUCGUUCCGUCCGGGCUUUUGGGACAUGGGAUGGUUUGGUGCCGUCGCUGCCGUUGUUACGUUCAUCUGGAACACUUUCGCAUUCGCCGUGCUCUGUGCGCCGCAGUAUUCCAAUGCUGCGAUCGAUGAGGAAUCUGGUCUAUUCAACUAUGCAAUUGUCAUUAUGGGCGGAGUCACCAUCAUCGCAUUGUUCGAGUGGUGGCGCAAGUCGAAGGAUGAUUGGUUCCAACACCUGAAGGGCAGCGACUCUUCAUCCGGAACUGAUACCCCAGUUGAGCAAGAUGCGACGAUCAACGCAUCGGGCAAGGAGGUUGGUGUCUAA